AUGACAGGAUUCCCCAUGACAGCUUCCAUGACAGGAUUCCCCAUGACAGACGCUGGCAUCUCAGAAGUGGCUCAUCUCCGACUGGUGAAUGGUUCGAGUCGCUGCGCUGGGAGAGUCGAGGUGCUUUACAACCAGGUGUGGGGAACCGUGUGUGAUCAUGAUUGGGACAUAACUGAUGCUGGAGUCGUGUGCAGGCAGCUGGGCUGUGGGGCGGCGUUAUCAGCCCCAGGAGGGGCUCGAUUUGGGAAAGGAUCAGACCCUAUCUGGCUGGAUGACGUCACCUGCACAGGGACAGAAGUUGCCCUCUCCAGUUGCGGGGCUCGGCCUUGGGGAAUGAAUAACUGUAACCACGGAGAAGAUGCCGGUGUUGUGUGCUCAGACUCAGGCAUCUCAGAAGUGGCUCAGCUCCGACUGGUGAAUGGUUCGAGUCGCUGUGCUGGGAGAGUCGAGGUGCUUUACAACCAGGUGUGGGGAACCGUGUGUGAUGACGACUGGGACAUAACUGAUGCUGGAGUCGUGUGCAGGCAGUUGGACUGUGGGACGGCGCUAUCAGCCCCAGGAGGGGCUCGAUUUGGGCAAGGAUCAGACCUUAUCUGGCUGGAUGACGUCAACUGCGCAGGGACAGAAAAUGCCCUCUCUGAUUGCGGGGCUCGGCCUUGGGGAACGAAUAACUGUAACCACGGAGAAGAUGCCGGUGUUGUGUGCUCAGGGGCUGCUAAGGAGAAGUUUGGCAAGGGAGUUCUCCAGGUGAAGGAGGAGCAAACACAGCAUCCUUGGGCUUCCAUGACAGGAUUCCCCAUGACAGACUCAGGCAUCUCAGAAGUGGCUCAGCUCCGAUUGGUGAACGGCCCAAGUCCCUGUGCUGGGAGAGUCGAGGUGCUGUACAACCAGGUGUGGGGAACCGUGUGUGAUGACAGCUGGGACUUACAGGAUGCUGGAGUCGUGUGCAGGCAGUUGGACUGUGGGACGGCGCUAUCAGCCCCAGGAGGGGCUCGAUUUGGGCGAGGAUCUGACCGUAUCUGGCUGGAUGACGUCAACUGCGCAGGGACAGAAAAUGCCCUCUCUGAUUGCGGGGCUUGGCCUUGGGGAACGAAUAACUGUUACCACGGAGAAGAUGCCGGUGUUGUGUGCUCAGGGGCGGCUAAUGAGGAGUUUCUCAAGGGAGUUCUCCAGGUGAUGGAGGAGCAAACAGAGCAUCCUUGGGCUUCCAUGACAGGAUUCCCCAUGACAGACUCAGGCAUCUCAGAAGUGGCUCAGCUCCGAUUGGUGAACGGCCCAAGUCCCUGUGCUGGGAGAGUUGAGGUGCUGUACAACCAGGUGUGGGGAACCGUGUGUGAUGACAGCUGGGACUUACAGGAUGCUGGAGUCGUGUGCAGGCAGUUGGACUGUGGGACGGUGCUAUCAGCCCCAGGAGGGGCUCGAUUUGGGCAAGGAUCAGACCGUAUCUGGCUGGAUGACGUCAACUGUGCAGGGACAGAAAAUGCCCUCUCUGAUUGCGGGGCUCGGCCUUGGGGAACGAAUAACUGUUACCACGGAGAAGAUGCCGGUGUUGUGUGCUCAGGGGCUGCUAACGAGGAGUUUCUCAAGGGAGUUCUCCAGGUGACGGAGGAGCAAACACAGCAUCCUUGGGCUUCCAUGACAGGAUUCCCCAUGACAGCUUCCAUGACAGGAUUCCCCAUGACAGACUCAGGCAUCUCAGAAGUGGCUCAGCUCCGACUGGUGAAUGGUUCGAGUCGCUGUGCUGGGAGAGUCGAGGUGCUUUACAACCAGGUGUGGGGAACCGUGUGUGAUGACGACUGGGACAUAACUGAUGCUGGAGUCGUGUGCAGGCAGUUGGACUGUGGGACGGCGCUAUCAGCCCCAGGAGGGGCUCGAUUUGGGCAAGGAUCAGACCUUAUCUGGCUGGAUGAGGUCAACUGCGCAGGGACAGAAAAUGCCCUCUCUGAUUGCGGGGCUCGGCCUUGGGGAACGAAUAACUGUUACCACGGAGAAGAUGCCGGUGUUGUGUGCUCAGGGGCGGCUAACGAGGAGUUUCUCAAGGGAGUUCUCCAGGUGAAGGAGGAGCAAACACAGCAUCCUUGGGAGACUGUCGGGAGCAUCAACCCGGCCGCGCUCAGAGAGACUGUGGAUCAUGUAGAUAAGGAUGGGUUGGCUGUUGAAUACGCCUUCGCCGUCAGCCUGCAGAAAGCCAGUUGUGAGAACCCAUCUGGUCUGGAACAGGUGCUGCGCAGGAACAAGCUGCGGGACAUGCAGGCGGCCAUCAACCCAGAGGGUGUCCUGUACGACCCAGACGAAGGGCCCAUUGUGGCUGCCCGGAUGCAGCGCCUGGGCAGGGCGGGGGAACACGCCGAGUGGCGCCUGCUCCAGGGCGACCGGAACAGCCCCGUGCAGAAGCUCCUGGCCCGGACCUACAACGAGAGAAGCUGCCUGAUCUUCUUCACCAUCCGCUCGCCCUGCGCGGGGACGUGCCUGCUGGUGAAGAGGCCCCACAACAUCCUACGGAUGGUGAGCGACACCUUCCGCCCCAUCGACCACAACUACAAGGCCUUCGUCUUCUGGCAAAUCUACCGUCAGGACCGGGACCUGGAUUCCCAAAGCCUGCUGGAGGCCUGGCACCAGCUGCCCAACGUGCCCCUGCUGCGCUGUGACACCAACGGCUGCAGGGACUGCAGAGGGAACGACCCCAGCCCUGACCCCAGCGCCUGCCUGGAUGAGAUUCGAGCCAUGAGACCCCUGGCAGAGUCACCCCGUUGGGAGCGAGGCCGGGCAGCCUUUGCCAGACACCCAGCUCGCUAUGGAUGA